AGGCUUUGACCGCGCGAGGAGCCGCAUCUCGCGCGCGGAGAGGGCAAGACACGCCAUAUUGGCAUGGCGGCUCGAGAGGCCGUACCUUAUCUAUUGCACCGUGUGCGCCGGGGUGCAGGCGUGGCUGCUGGCUUGGAAUCUGAUCAAAGGAGUCCAGAACCACUGGAACCUGCCACAGUGGAAGCACCAUCGUUGGGAAGAGGUGACGGAGGUGACGAUCGGCGUCCUCAUCGUGUCCGAGACCCUGCUCACCCUGCGCGUCGUGGGCAUCCGCGACUUCUUCUGCAACUGCUGGUGCGUGUUCGACCUCCUCGUGGCGGCGCUGACGGUGGUCUCCGUUGGCUACGCCCUGGAGCACGUGGGGAGGCACGGCAACAUUGCCGAGGCGAACGUCCCGCUGUUGAUGCUGCGCUUCGUCCUGCAGCCGGCCAGGGUCUUCGCCGCGGUGGCGAGCACGUGGCGCACGAGGCGGAUGCAGAACCACGUUGAUGAGCUCAGGGUGGAUUUCGACUCCUUGCCUGUCGACGGCUACACUGCGUUCCAGCACAUGCAGGAGUAUUGAGCAGCCUGCGCCGAUGACGCCUCCAGGGCGUAGGCCUGGCCCUCCGGGCGCCUGCAUCCGCCUUCCCCUGAGCGGCCAAGGCGCAAGCUCGGCGGCGCUCAUUGUCGUCCGGGCCGGCGGCGAAAACACGUAAAUCGACUAUUCACAUUGCAUGGCUUGUUGUCUAGACCUCCCCCAGAUGGGGUCGCAGCAGCCGCUGUCGGAGGAUCGCGCCGCAUCGCCAGAGCAACGGCGAUAUCGCCACAGCAUCGGCGAUGCGGCUCGACAUGGAGCCCGGUCCUCGCCACACCGACGUCGCCGCUGCAUCGGCGAUGCGGUGGCAGUCCUCCAGCUAGGCGACCGGCACCGAUGGCGCCGCAGGGGCCCAGGCUUGGCAUCCGCGCCCUGCCGCUUCUCCGCGGCGCGCGCGCGAUCUGCGGUGCCGCUUCUGCCAGACGGGAGUGCCUUCGUGCAGAUCCGGGCCUCCGAAA